UAAAUACAAAAGUUGGUACUGCUCUAAAAACUUUCUAUUUUCAGUCUCAUAGCUGAGAGCACAUCAAAGGUUAUUAACUAAACUUCUCUUUCAAUUUUGCUAGGGUUUCAUUUUCUCACCUCUGUUUCUUUCUCACUAGUAGUGGAACCAUGGCAUUAUCUGAUGAAGAAGAGGGUGAAAUUUUAUCAAAUUAUGUGAUGGAUUAUUAUUUUGUUGAUGAGAGUGAUACACUCGUCUCGUUUUCAAAUUUACCUGUUCAAUGGGAUGAUAAUGUGGUGUUACCCGACUCAGGAAAUUCACUAGUCCUUCGAGGGACUUGUGAUGAUGGGUUUCAAUCAGUCUAUUUGCCUAUCAUAGCAUGGAAGUUUGAACUUUCUUAUAUUCAUCCUGAAAUAUCUGUUCUUAGUAAACGCAAGAAAUGGACAAUGCUUCAGAAACCAAGAAAGGUUUUCGAGCCAAUUAUUAGGAAAAUCUUGGUUACAGUUCAUUGGCUUCACUUUUGUAAGAAAUAUUCGGAUGCUUCUCAGGCAUUUGCCUGGAAACACUUGCAAAAGAAUUGCAGCUCUUACUGUGGUCAACUAUCUGUCAACGAUCUGCUUGAACACAAGUUAUUAAUUGUUGAAGCAGCAAGCAGGGAUAAAGAUAUUGAAGAAUCGAAGUGUUUCCGUACAUUUACGGGGGAGAGUCAGAUAGGCAUAAUUUGUGAUGAGAAUGCUGGAGCCUCAAAAGAUUUUGACAAAGAUGGUAACGAAGAGCAGAUCUUUGAUAAAGUUUGUGCAAUUUGUGAUGAUGGUGGUAACCUUUUGUGUUGUAAUGGACGGUGCUUGAGAUCAUUUCAUCCAACUGUUGCUGAUGGGUUGGAAUCUAAAUGUGCAUCCCUUGGUUUUAGAAAUGAGGCUGAAUAUGAAGCAAUUCCAGUUUAUCAGUGUGAAAAUUGUAUUUAUCAGCAACACCAAUGCUUUGCUUGUGGAAGAUUGGGCUCUUCUGCCAGAUCUUCUUGUCAAGAGGUUUUUCCCUGUGCUUCUGCUACCUGUGGCCAUUUCUAUCAUCCAGAAUGUGUUGCACGAUUGCUUCAUGCUGAUAAUGAAUCACAAGCAGAAGAACUUAGAGAUAGAAUCACUGCAGGAGAGUCUUUCGCCUGUCCUGCUCAUAAGUGUUUUAGUUGUAAGCAGCACGAAGUCUCUAAUGUCAAAGAGUUGCAAUUUGCAAUAUGUAGACGUUGUCCUAAAGCUUAUCACAGGAAAUGCUUACCUAGGGAUUUUAUUUUAUAUUGUCAGAGUGAUGAAAAUAAUUUACAAAGGGCUUGGGAAGGUCUAUUGCCAAAUAAAAGGAUUCUGAUAUACUGCAUGGAGCAUAAGAUCUUUGCGCAUUUACGGACUGCUCUUAGGAACCAUCUAAUAUUUCCUGGUGUUGAAAGAACACAUGCUCCAGAGCUGAUGGCAGGACUGCAAAACUCUGUGAUGUCAAAGAAAACCAAGGAUUUCAGUAUUUUUAAGGAUAGACCUGCUAAUAAGAAGUUAAAACACAUUGACAGUCUCUAUACUGAUGUUGGAAUUCUUGAUUCUUCUGCCAAGAAAGAAAGAUGCCACUUAGAGGAUUUGAAACCCUUGAAGAAAUUAAAUCCAGCUAAAAAGCCAUCAACAAAAUUUGAUUCAAUCUCUGCUAGGUCAUCUACUGUAGACAAUACCAAUUUUCUUUACGAAAAUAACUUAUCAAUGAACUUGGGAUCUAUUCCAUCUAAGUCUAAACAGCACAAUAUUCCUAGCAGUAAAAUCAAGAGCACUCUUUCAGAUAAACCAGCAAUGCAAAAGGCAAAGAUCACCAGGCCUGUGCUUGAUGCUGAAAUGGAAAAAGGAAUUCUGACCCUUAUGGAAGAUGUAAGUUCCUCAUUCGAUGUUGAAGAAUUUAAGGAAAGAAAUGCACGGGAUACAAAUUCUCACCCAAAAAAUAAAUUGGAGAAUUCCAUUCCACUAGGAAUGGUAGAGGUUUCGGUGAAGGCUGUACAAACUGCCUUACAGAUGCUAGAUAAGGGAUGCACUAUUGAGGAUGCAAAAACUGUUUGUUCACCUGAGGUUCUUAGGGAAAUUUUUAGAUGGAAGGCAAAGCUCAAUAUCUACCUAACGCCUAUUUUUCAUGGAGCACGUUAUACAUCUUUUGGUCGGCAUUUUACACAAGUGGGGAAGCUUAAAGAGAUUGUUGAUCGUAUCCAGUGGUAUGUGCAAGAUGGUGAUAUGAUAGUAGACUUCUGCUGUGGUUCGAAUGAUUUCAGUUGUUUGCUGAACGAAAGGCUAGAAAAAAAUGGGAAACCUUGCUUUUUCAAAAACUAUGAUAUUAUACAAGCUAAGAAUGAUUUUUGUUUUGAGAAAAGAGAUUGGCUGACUGUUGAUCAAAAUGAAUUACCUGAUGGUUCAAGACUGAUAAUGGGGCUAAAUCCUCCCUUUGGCGUAAAUGCAUCUCUUGCUAACACAUUCAUUAACAAGGCUCUUGAGUUUAGUCCAAAGCUCAUUGUUCUCAUUGUUCCGCAGGGAACACAAAGACUGGAUGAAAAGGCUCCAUACGACUUAAUCUGGGAGGAUCAGAAGCUGCUUUCGGGCAAGUCGUUUUACCUGCCUGGAUCAGUUGAUGUAAAUGACAAGCAGAUGGAUCAAUGGAACAACAUCCCACCUCCUCUGUAUCUUUGGAGCCGCUUAGACUGGACUCCCGAGCACGCGUCAAUAGCUCGACAAUGUGGUCAUGUAUCUAAUUAAUAAUAUGACUAUCUUUUCAUAGAAAUAUGUUGAUCUACUAACUGAAGCAGGUCCAGGUAGGGAUGGAAGUGCACCUUCACAUCUGACAAACGGUAGAAUUAGUAAUUUAUUCAGUGUUUUCUUGUGCUGUAAGGAAAAGGUUUUAAAGUUAAAUAUAUAUAUAUAUAUAUAUAUAUAUAUAUAUAUAUAUAUAUAUAUAUAUAUAUAUAUAUAUAUUUGUCAAAGGCUAAACAGUUCAGGUUAUAUUACCAGUUACAAGUUAUGUGUAUAGCAAUCACUUAGAGUAUGGCAUGGUCUGUAAUUGACUGCAAUUGGCAGAUGCUAAAUAGGGAUUUAAAAUCUAGAAGCCCAAACUGAGGAAUUGAGAAUGUAUCUGUAACAAGUUUCUGCUGAUAAUUUUAUUAGAAGCUACGAAGCUUCAAAACUUUUCGACU